CCAUUCAAAUCUCCUAAAACAUCAUCAUCACACCACUUUUCAGUUUUUUACCCUGCUGAGCCCCAAAACUUUCUUAUUUCCAUUAUCUCUCAAUAUGAAAAAACCCACAUUACACUUUAUUAUCAUUAUUAUUGCAAUAUUCUUCCUUUCCAAUUCUUUCUUUCAAGUCUCCAAGUCCGGACCGGUCCAACCACCAAAUGAUGACUCAUCUCCAAACACGGUCCCAGCAUUCCCGGUUCAGACCGAGUCAGAGCUAUGCCGUCUAGAUUUAUCAUCCGAAUUAUUCGGAGGCGUAAAUGCGGCAUGUGGUCGAAACCUAGACAGGAGCCGAUGUUGUCCGGUGCUGGCGGCGUGGCUGUUUGCAGCACACGCCAGGUCAGCACUUGAAGUCAACGUUUCGGCUCCUGCUUCUAGUUCAUCUAUUUCUGACGAAUUGCCAAUAAUGCCUGAUGAUUCUCAAAAUUGUGUUAACUCAUUGCAGACUUCGUUACUAAGUAGGAAUAUACGUAUACCUCAGCCCAAUGCAUCCUGCGACCCUGUUUUGUGUUUUUGCGGGAUCCGGUUGCAUCAAAUCGGGUCACUUAGUUGUCCCGGUGCUUUUAAUAUUACAAACUCGUCUAGGACCGCUACUCCAACUGCGGCGGUUAGGAACCUAGAAAAGAAUUGCCGGAAUUCAUCGUACGCCGGUUGUACCAAAUGUCUCGGAGCUUUGCAAAAAUUAAACGGGGAUGGGAAGAACGGAACAAGCAGAAAAAGCAGCCAUAAUCAUGAAGGUGGUGACCGAGCAAGUAAGAUAAUGACACGUGACUGCCAGCUAAUGGGGCUGACAUGGCUACUCGCAAGAAACAAGACGGCUUACAUACCCACUGUAUCUGCUGUACUGCGUGCCAUCAUGUACAGUUCACACCCACCCCAUGACUCCAAAUGCAGCCCUGAUCAAGAAAACAUGCCAUUAGCCGUUGAUUCUUUACAGUUCGAUAAAUCUAUAGCAUCCUCAACAUCCAUUUCCUCCUCACAUGUCACUCUUGCUGUAAUGACUAUCUUGCCCUUGGUUAUACGGUUUGUCUAGUCUUGUUUGUCCUUUUCAUUUGGACGGGAAUUACUAAUUUAUUUUUUUUCCUUUUAUUGUAAAGUGCAUGUUACUUGGCUAUGAUUUUUCUUAUUUUCUUGUCAAUAACAGGAUCACGUGAAAGAUUA